UCACCAUGCCAUCAUGUUGUCAUUCAAUGCUUUUUGUCCGAGACAAGACGUUAAUUUGCUUCUCUCCCUCGUUAUCCCUCCAUCUUAUCUUGUUCCCUGUCAACCCCGACCUCCCCCAUCACCCCAUCCUCCCUCUCUACCAUUCAGGAGGUCCAAUGUAGACGGCGAGCCAGAGGAGAGUCCAGGCAGCGGCAGCAGCGGCAGCAGCAGCACAGAUAGCAGCACCAGCGGGGCUGUCGAUGCUCUCGCCUCAGCACCGACUCCAGCUCCCCCUCAGGCCUCUGCAGGAGCGCCUGGCGAGGGAACAGACAGCAGCUCCUCCUCUGACUCAGACACCUCUGUAGACUCCAGCUCCUACGAGGAGGAGGAGGAGGAGGAGGAAGAGGAAAAUAAGGAGGGCGAGAUGUUUUCUUCUAAAUUCCUCAGUGGGGGCAACCCGCUUAGUGCUGUGUCCUCUGCUGUUAACAAGUUUGGACUGUUUGGCGAUGAAGGGGAUAAGCAGCAGGGGGGCAAGCCCAGUGGAGACCUGAAGGCAGGUGUGGACCCGAACAAAAGCAUGCCACAACAGAAGGGACCCCUAAAAUCCAACCAGGGUGCUCCCGUGCAGAAGAGCCAGGGAGGACCCCUCAAACAACCCGAGGCUCAGCCAAAGGGCUCAGGUUCCCCCAAACCUGGAGUACGGGAGCAGAGUAAGAGCGAGGCACCACGACAAGGGAAUGCUAUCCCCGGCGCAGCACAGGUGGGACAAGAGCAGCAGCGGGGGUCGCCUAAACCUUCCCAGCAACAGCAGAGCGCCCCUAAAGUUGACCCAAAGCAGGCUGCAUCCAAGGCCGUGGCACAGCAACAGUCCAGGCCUAAAGGACCCGGUACACCCGACCUUUCACAGAGGUCAGGGCCCCCAUCGCCGGCCCGGAAGCAAGAAGCCCCGUCUCAAGCGAAGUUAGUCAACAAGCCACUUUGUCCAGUUUGCAAGACCACCAAACUAAACGUGCACACCAAGGACCCGCCCAACCAUCAAAGGUGCACACAGUGUAAGACGCAAGUUUGCAGCUUGUGUGGCUUCAGCCCGCCAGACUCUGAUGGAUCCGAGUGGCUUUGUCUCACCUGCCAGAUAAAGAGAGCUGAAGCACCAAUGAAAAAGCCAACAACAUCCAAAAUGCCAUCAUCCCCUGCUGCUCCGGUCAAAAAAGAGACGCCCGUAUCAGGUUCACCCAGCAAGACCCCACAUUCUUCCGAAAAAGUGCCAGCCAAAAGUGAAGUUAAAGUCCAAGGGAGUCCAAAACAUACUGGUACAGACUCUACGCAAAAGACCCCUCAGGAGAACCAGAGAGUACCAGGUUCCCAGAAACCACAUCCUUCAAGUACAAGAAGUGUGAGUCCUGCACCCCAGCAGGAGUCUGGGGGGUUGUUUGGCUUCAGUGCUUCUAAGCCAGCAGAGGAGUCGGUGACCGGGAAAAUGUUCGGAUUUGGUUCUUCCAUAUUCAGUUCUGCAUCGACGCUGAUGGCCUCCACGCCACUGGUCUCUCCUAAAAUGCAACCCGCCAAGGAGAACAAACUACCGGAGCAGGAGAAAAAACUCCACCCCGAGCAGACCAAGGUUCCGUCAGCAGGACAGGCCAAAGUCGCAGAGGCAGCACCCUGCGACGUCCUGCAGAAAGGCCAAUCUUUGUGUGCUAUCUGUAAAACCGUCCUCAAUGUGGGCUCCAAGGCCCCGCCCAACUACAGCAGUUGCACCGAGUGCAGAAGCACUGUGUGCAAUCAAUGUGGAUUUAACCCUCUGCCAAAUGUUAAAGAGGGGAAGGAGUGGCUUUGUCUAAACUGUCAGGUAAAAAGGGCUACUAAAGGAAUCGAACCCCCGAAAGACGCUCCAUUGGCUACUUCGCCGUUCAAAAGGACUCCGACAUCCCAAAAGACCUCUGCUCAAGGCUCUCCAAGGAGUGAUGUACCUUCUCCAGAGACCCGGACAUCCAAGGCUGAAGCUGUUAAAGCACAAGGCAGUCAACAACUGGCUUGCCCAGCCCCUGCCCAGAAAACACAGCAGGACAACAAAGCAGAUCUGCAGAAGAAAGUAGAGCAGUCAAAUUUAAUUGCGCAAAAACCGGGAAAUGCCACUGAAGUCCCGGGACAGCAUGAGACAGGAGGAUUCUUUGGUUUUGGAAGCCCUAAGAAGCAAACUGAUCCUGCAAAACCUGCAGAGUCAGUAACAGGGAAAAUGUUAGGAUUUGGUUCUUCUAUAUUCAGUUCUGCAUCCACUUUAAUGUCCUCUACAGUCCAAGAUGAAGCCAAACUGGCGGCAUCGCCAGCUUCUCCCAAGAUGACCGCUUCGAAGGACGCUCCAUCUGCAAAUAAAUCAGAUAAAAGCCAGCAGGGUCCAAAAGCAGACACCAUCUUGUCAGAGCCUACAAAGGGAGCAGUUGUUUCCAAAACUGGUCCUUCGUCCUGCCCUGUAUGUAAAUCAGCCUUCAACGUUGGCUCUAAAGAUCAACCCAACUACAACACAUGUACAGAGUGUAAAAAUGUUGUCUGCAAUCAAUGUGGAUUCAACCCCAUGCCAAAUGUGAAGGAGGUGAAGGAGUGGUUAUGCCUCAACUGUCAAAUGCAACGUGCCCUCGGAGUAGCCCAGCCUCCAGGAACCCCCAUUAUGAAAGCACAGGCCUCGCCAAACAAAGUUACUGCAUUUUCUAAUGUCCCCAAGAAAGAAACGAAAGACAUCCCAAAAACUGCUGAGUCUAAAGUCAAGGAAUUAUCUGCUGCUUCAGCACCUGAGAAGGACGUUGCAAAGAAGGACACUGUGAAACGACCAGAGAACCAACAAUCCCUCACUCCAACAUUAGAUUCGAAAGUUCCAUCUAAAGAUUUGAAAAAGGGUCCACAAAAGCUACCAGAUAACGCUGCUUUAAAUGCACAAGAAGACUCCCGUGGUCCAAAACUUGAACCUGGUACAGUGAAGCCAAUUGAAUCACUUGGUGGAAAAAUGUUUAGUUUUGGUUCCUCUAUCUUCAACUCUGCAUCCACGUUAAUACCCACAGCUGGCCAAGAUGAAUCCAAAAUGACACCUCCACUGUCCCCCAAGAUGCCUACCACCAAGGGCAACAAAUCACCCCUUGCUCAGGGAAAAGAACAAAAGAAACAAGAUCAAGCUCAACAAGCUAAAGCGCCAUCAGAUCAGUCAAAGGAAGCUGCAGUUUCCAAAGAUGGCAAAUCUACCUGUCCUCUGUGUAAGAUGGAACUUAAUUUAGGUUCCAAGGAUCCUCCGAACUUCAGAAAAUGCACAGACUGCAAAAACACCGUCUGUAACCAGUGUGGAUUUAAUCUGGUGCCCAAUCUGGCAAAGGAAAAUGAAUGGCUGUGCUUGAACUGUCAGAUGCAGAGAGCUCUGAAUGCAUCAGAACCCACGCAGCCUGCCAUGAAGCUGUCCAAUACAGUGAAAAAAACCCUUCCAUCUUCUGUACAUCAGAAGACAACUGUUACAAAUGAAGAUGAAACGAUCAAGAAGGAAUCAUUGAAAUCUGAUGUACCCGCAAAAGUGCAGACUGCAGCACCUGACAAGAAAAAGGAAAGUUCUGCACCAAGUACCCCGCAGAAGAGUCAUCCAUCAACUGGAGAACCAGAAACUAAGAUUUCUAUUGUACAAACACAGAACAAACAGGGUGCCCCAUUGUCUGAUCAGGAACCUCAAAGGAACUCAGAUCCCCAGAAACCACCUGAUCAGACUACUCAGUCAGGACUAAAACAGAGCAAAUUUACCUCGGAUGGCUUGAUUGGCUCUAAAUCUAGUUCUGAUGUUUCGAAGACAACAGACUCUAUCACCGGAAAGAUGUUUGGCUUUGGUUCUUCUAUUUUCAGCUCAGCAUCCACUCUUAUAUCAUCAGCCGUUCAGGAAGAAUCCCGCACUACACCGCCAAGCUCUCGUAAGAUGUCUGCACCAGGGCACGUCUCGCCAAGGAUGUCAGUUGGACCCAAAAUUUCCCCAAAAGAUACACCAAUAGUCUCUCCCAGCAAAGUGCAACCAAAAACCUCUGAAAAUCUCACUCGGGAUCUCAAGAAACAAGAAGAGGCCCAUCAGAUCAAACAAGGUCCAUCAAAGGCAGGCACAACUCCUCAGACCCAGUUUAAAGAAGGCCAUGUAAACUGUCCACUAUGCAAUAUCAAAUUAAACAUCGGCUCAAAGGAACCUCCAAAUUUCAACACCUGCACUGAGUGUAGUACCAAUGUGUGUGACAAAUGUGGAUUUAAUCCAAUGCCUAUUGGAGAGAAAAAUGAAUGGCUAUGUCUUACCUGUCAGAUGAAAAGAGCAGUUGGUGGUUCUGAGCAACUAGCUUCUCAAAAACAGGCUCAGACCGCCAGUAGUAAAGUCACUGCUGUGGUCAAGUCAAUGGAUACCGUUAAACCAGCUCCAACAUCUCAAACAAAGGCAAAUCCAAGCCAUGCAGUACCCCCAGAGGAAAAAUCACCUUCAGUUAUGUCUGGCAAACCGGAAGCUUCCACAACACUAGCAAAGUUGGGUGCCCCGGCACCUGAUGAUAAAACACAACAGAAAAAUGAGAGGAAGGUUCCUGAGAAAAAAUCAGAUCCGGCAAGCCAGAUCCCUCCUGGACACGGGCAGAGCAAUGCCACUGCAACAAAGCAGCAAGACUCUGUGGGAUUUUUUGGUUUGGGGGCUACAAAAUCUCAGCAGGAUACAGAGAAGGCUCCAGAUUCAGUGACUGGAAAGAUGUUUGGUUUUGGUUCUUCAAUAUUCAGCUCUGCAUCUACAUUAAUGACUUCUACUGCCCAGGAUCAGCGUAGUAAAAAACCCCCUGCUUCACCCAAAAAAACCCCUGCAAAGGAAAUUAAAUCUGAUAUUUCUCAGAAAUUAGAGCCGCCGAAGAAAGCGGAGUCAACGCAGCAGAACAAGACGCCUUCAUCGAGUCCAGCUAAAGGACAAACAAAGGUCACAAUUGAACCUCCAAAGGCUGCAGAAGCUACCAAAUAUGCUGUCAAACCGGGUUCUACCUGUCCACUCUGCAAGACUGAACUCAACACAGAUUCUAAAGACCAAGCCAACUACAAUAGCUGCACUGCAUGCAAAAUUAUCGUGUGUAACCAGUGUGGAUUUAACCCUAUGCCAAUUGGAGUGAAAAACGAAUGGCUAUGUCUAACAUGUCAAACCAAAAGAGCAGUGGAAGCAUCUGAGCAACAGACCUCUCAAAAGCAGGCUCAAACAUCAAAUAGUAAAGUUCCUGUAACAGUCAAGUCGACAGACGACUCCAAACCAGCUGUUACUGAAUCAAACACACAUCCAAGCAAUGCAGCAACCCCACAGGAAAAACUGUCAACAACUUUAGUUAGGUCAGCCAAACCAGAAGCCUCCACAACACCAGCAGAGUUGGGUACCCUGGCACCUGAUGAUACAACACAACACAAACAUGCGAAGAAAGAUCCAGUAAGCCAACCUGGACGCAGGCCAAGUAAUGCCAUUGCAACAAAGGUGCAAGUUACUGAAGGAUCUUCUGGUUUGGGUGCUACAAAAUCUCAGAAGGAUCUAGAGAAAUCCACAGACUCAGUGACUGGAAAGAUGUUUGGUUUUGGCUCUUCAAUAUUCAGCUCGGCAUCUACAUUAAUAACAUCUGCUGUUCAGGAUCAACCUAAAACCGAUACACCAGCUUCUCUCAAAAAGUCCCCUGCAAAGGAACAAACACCACCAUCGGGUCCAGCAAAAGGGGAACAUAAGGUCACAUCAGAACCUCUUAAGGCUGCAAAAGCUACCAAACCAGCUGUCAUGCUAGAAUCUACAUGUCCACUCUGUAAGGUUGAACUCAACAUGGGUUCCAAAGACAAAGCCAAUUACAAUACCUGUACUGAAUGCAAAAGUAUUGUGUGUAACCAGUGUGGAUUUAACCCCAUGCCUAUUGGAGAGAAAAACGGAUGGCUAUGUUUAACCUGUCAGACAAAAAGAGCAGUGGAAGCAUCUGAGCAACCAGCCUCUCAAAAGCAAACUCAAACAUCAAGUAGCAAAGUUCUUGAUGCAGACAAGUCGACAAACUACUCCAAACCAGCUUCAGCAACUCAAGUAAACGCACAUCAAAGCAAUGCAAUAACCCCACAGGAAAAACUGUCCACAACUUUAGUACGAUCAGACAAAUCAGAAGCUUCCAUAACACCAGAGGAGUUGGCUAGACUCGCACCUGAUGAUACAGCACAACAACAAAAUGAGAGAAAAAAUCCUGAAAAACAAUCAGAUCCGGUAAUCCAACCUGGUCGUAGGCCGAGUAAUGCCACUGCGACAAAGAUGCAAGACACUGGAGGAUUUUUUGGUUUGGGUGCUACAAAAUCUCAGAAGGAUGCAGAGAAGUCUUCAGAUUCAGUGACUGGAAAAAUGUUUGGUUUUGGUUCUUCAAUGUUCAGCUCUGCAUCUACAUUAAUAACAUCUGCUGUUCAGGACCAACCUAAGACCGAUACACAAGCUUCUCCCAAAAAAUCCCCUGCAAAGGACAUUAAAUCUGAUGUUCCUAAAAAGCUGGAGCCAGCUCCUUCAUCGGGUGAAGCUAAAGGGGAAAACAAGGUCACAUUGGAACUUCUUAAGGUUGCAGAAGCUACCAAAACAGUGGUCAAACCAGGUUCUACCUGUCCACUCUGUAAGGUUGAACUCAACAUGGGUUCCAAAGACCAAGCCAAUUACAACACCUGUACUGAAUGCACAAGUACUGUGUGUAACCAGUGUGGAUUUAACCCCAUGCCUAUUGGAGAGAAACAUGAAUGGCUAUGUCUAACCUGUCAGACAAAAAGAGCAGUGGAAGCAUCUGAGCAACCAGCCCCUCAAAAGCUGACUCAAGAGACAAACAGCAAAGUUUCUGUUGCAGUCAAGUCGAAGGACAAUUCCAAACCAUCUCCAACAACUCAAGCAAACACACAUCCAAGCAAUGCAGUACUCCCACAGUCUUCAACUUUAAUUAGGUCGGGCAAACCAGAAGCUUCCGUCGCACCAGAAAAGUUAACUAGCCUGGCACAUGAUAAUAAAACACCACAGACGAGUGAGAAGAAAGUUCCUGAAAAACAACCAGAUCCGAUAAGCCAACCAGAACGUAGGCCAAGCAAUGCCACUGCAGCAAAGCAGCAAGAUACAGCAGGAUUUUUUGGCAUGGGUGUUACAAAAUCUCAGAAGGAGGCAGAGAAGUCCGCAGAUUCAGUAACUGGAAAGAUGUUUGGUUUCGGUUCUUCAAUCUUCAGCUCUGCAUCUACAUUAAUAACAUCUGCUGUUCAGGAUCAACCUAAGACCGAUACACCAGCUUCUCCCAAAAAGUCCCCUGCAAAGGAACAAACACCUCCAUGUGGUCCAGGAAAAGGGGAUCAAGAGGCCACAUCAGAACUUCCAAAGGCUUUAGAACCUGCCAAAUCAGCUGUCAAACCAGGUUGUACCUGUCCACUCUGCAAGGUUGAACUCAACAUUGGUUCAAAACACCAAGCCAAUUACAAUACCUGUACUGAAUGCAAAAGCACUGUGUGUAACCAGUGUGGAUUUAGCCCCAUGCCUAUUGGAGAGAAAAACGAAUGGCUGUGCCUUACAUGUCAGACCAAAAGAGCAGUUGAAUCAUCUGUGCAUCUCGAUUCUCAAAAACAGGCCCUGACAUCAAAUAUUAAAGUUCCUGUUGCAGUCAAGUCAAUGGAUACGCCCAAACCAGUUACAACAUCGCAAACAAAGGGGAUUCCAAGCAAUGCGCAACUCUCGCAGGAAAAACCUUCUUCAACCUCAGUUGAGUUGGCAAAACCUGAAACUUCAACAACAUCAUUGAAAUCUGCUAGCCCAGAACCGGAUUAUAAAACAACAGAGAAAAAUGUAAACAAAGUAUCUGAGAAACCCCCAGAUCCGGAAAGCCAAGCUGGACGUAGGCCGAGUAAUGCUACUGCAGCAAAGCAGCCGGAGAGCGGCGGGUUUUUGGGAUUUAGCCCUACAAAAUCCCAGCAGAAUUAUAAUAAUUCAGUGACUGGAAAGAUGUUUGGUUUUGGUUCUUCAAUAUUCAGUUCAGCAUCUACAUUGAUAACAUCUGCUGCUCAGAAUCAACCUAAGACAACACCUCCAGCUUCUCCCAAAAAGUCCCCAGCAAAGGAAAUGAAAUCUGAUGUUCAUCAGAAGCUGGAGCCAACACAGCAGAGGAAGACACCUCAAUCGGGUCCAGUUAAAAAGGAUAAUAAGGUCACAUCAAAAUCUCUGGCUGCAGAAGUUACAAAAUCAGCGGUCAAACCAGGUUCUAACUGUCCACUCUGUAAGGUUGAACUCAACAUAGGUUCGAAAGACCAAGCCAACUACGACACCUGCACUGAAUGCAAAAACACUGUGUGUAAUCAGUGUGGAUUUAACCCCAUGCCACAUGAAACAAAGGUGAAGCGGUGGCUGUGUCUCACCUGCCAGAUGCAACAAGCUCUUGGUGCGAGCCAUCCUUCAGGAGCUCUUUCUAACGACUACAGCGUUUCUGAAAAAGAUGUCACCAGUAGAGCUGAACCUGAAAAGAAAGUGGCUUCAAUGCCAAUAUCACCUAAGAAAGAGCCAGCAACAGCUCAGUCUGACAGUAAUCGUGCUCUUACUAAAAAUAUACCACAAGACUCCCAAAAAACAUCUGGCCCAAGCUCAUCACCAGGACCUACGAGGCAAGCUGAACGCAAACAGAGUAUUGCCGCUUUGGCACCCCAGCAAGAAUCAGGAGGUUUCUUCGGCAGUAAAGCCCAACCUGAAGCUUCCAAACCAGCAGAAUCAGCGACCAGGAAAAUGUUUGGCUUUGGAUCUUCUAUUUUCAACAGUGCAUCCACUUUGAUUACUUCGGCGGUCCAGGACCAGCCCAAAACAACCCCAUCGGUGUCUCCUAAGAUGUCCCCAGCAAUCCACAAAAAAGAGAUAAAAUCAGAACCAACUCAGCAGGGUCUACCAGAAGAGAACAAAAUCAACCCAAAUCUACUUAAAAAAGUUUCCCACGCCACGUGUCCUCUUUGUAAGGUUGACCUCAACAUUGGAUCCGAACAGCUACCUAAUUAUGACAAAUGCACUAACUGCAAGAGUACGGUUUGCAAGCAGUGUGGAUUCAACCCUAUGCCAAAUGUAUCAGAGGAGUGGCUGUGUCUGACGUGCCAGAUGCAAAGAACUCUCUCAGCAGCAGAAGCAGCACAACCUCCAUCUGUGAAGCCUCAGUCAUCGCCCAACAAAGUGACUACACCCGCUGCUGUCACGGCCAAACAAAAUAAAGAUAUGAUACCAACACAAAAAAGAGAAGUGCUGGACAAAGAACAGAAGGACAAAACAUUACCAGAUAAACUAGAAAAUAAGGAAAUCCCAACAGCUGAUAUCAAACCUGGUUCACUACCUCCCAAUCGAGUUUUAAUCUCCACAGCAGUUCCAGUUGAAGAAAGAACACCUGCGAACGCUGAUAAACCUUUGGUUGAGCAAGCGCCUCCUGUCAGCACAGAUGUUCAAUCUCCACCGAAGGAGGAGGAUCAAACUUUAACACGCUCACCUGAAACAACAGACACAUCGGAAAAGAAAGCAGAGGGAAUGGAAGGCAUUACAAAAUCAGAGGAUGAAGUAGUCAUGACGGCUGAUAUAGAGCAGCCAUCCAAGUCCACAAGUAAAGAGCCAAACCUUGCUGCCAAAACGCCUCCUUCUAUGUCAAAGCCAACUAAAGACACAGGAAGUUUGGUUAGCAUUAAUGCUACAAAACCUCAGCAAGGGGUCUCCAAAACAGCUGAAGCCGUGACAGGGAAGAUGAUGGGAUUUGGUUCAACACUCUUCAGCUCAGCAUCUUCUUUAAUAACAUCCGCUGUCGGUGAAGAACCACGAACCACACCACCAAGUUCUCGUAAAAUGUCUGCGCCGGCACAGAGUUAUGAUAAAACGGCGGCUCCUCAAAUCCCGCCUGUCAAGUCAAGUCCGGCUCUAUCUCAAAUAAAAUCCACCACAAAAGAAGUGAAGUCUGACAAUGUUCGGAAACAAUCAAUGGAGAAGAUGGCGGACCAAGUCAAUGCUUCUCUACCAGGAACGAAGCAUGUGGACCAAGGUCCGUCAGAAGCUUCAAGAGUAAAGGCUCCACAAACUGCUCCCAAAGAGAUUGAGCUCAAUUGUCCCCUUUGUAAGGUUGAAUUCAACGUAGACGGAAAAGAUCAAGCAAAUUACAACACCUGCACCGGAUGUAAAACAGCAGUCUGCAACAAAUGUGGAUUUAGUCCCAUGCCGAAUAAAGCACAGGGGAAAGAAUGGCUGUGUCUCAACUGUCAGAUGCAGAGAGCACUUGGCGCCUCUGAACCUCUUGGGCUUCCCUUGAUAAAAUCUCAAUCUUCACCAAGUAAAGACAUGCCUCCCUCCACAACGAAGGGAGAGGCAGCUAUACAAACUCCUCAGGAGGACACUAAAACGGCCAAACCUGACGAGACAGUCGGUAUCGUCACUGCCAAAGAAAGCAAAUCCCCAGCAAUUGGGGAAUCAACUUUGAAAGCAACAGCGGCAGUUGCCUCAUUGCCUGAAAAAAGUGUUCGUCCUGAAAUCAUGAAGACUGUGGUUGCAUCUGCUUCACCUGGAAUUACCCCUAAAGGACAACCUGGAAUACCGCAGAAACAGCCUCCAGAAAAGAUAGUUCCCCCAACGGCACCAGAAGUAGGUAAAAUCCUCCCCCAACAGCCUACAAAAGCUGGGGGAUCUCCAGCCAAAUCAAUUCUGCCAACAGCUCCACCUGUAAAACAGGAAUCAGUAGGCUUCUUUGGUUUUGGUGGUCCUAAAACGCAACCUGUUAAGCCUGCGGAAUCAGUACCUGGCAAGAUGUUUGGCUUUGGGUCAUCUUUUUUUAAUUCAGCUUCCAAUUUGAUAACCUCAGCUGUACAAGAUGAAACGAAAAAGACAACUCCAACAACGCCAAGUAAAAUUACUUUGCAGGCCUCUCCUAAAACAACGCCGCCUGUUUCUCCUAAAACAGUACCUGCAAAGGACAUCAAACCACCUGCAGUCCAGAAAACUAAUGAAACACAGGUAAAAACUACUUUUUCGGCAACACAAAUGGAUAAAGGUCCAUCCGUUUCCCCCAAAGCACCACCAGCACCUCCAAAACCAGCUCAGUUAACCUGCCCACUCUGUAAGAUGCUAUUCAAGAUGGAUUCUAAAGAUGCUCCCAAGUUCAACACCUGCACAGAAUGCAAAACAACUGUCUGCAAUCAGUGCGGAUUCAAUCCAUUGCCUUCGGUCUCAGAGGUAAAUGAAUGGCUAUGUCUGAACUGUCAGAUGCAGAGGGCUCUUGGCACAUCUGAGACUACUGGACCGUCUGCAGUGAAACCUCAGGCCUCACCUACAAGGACUGGUCCUUUUCCUUCUGAACAUAAUAAUGAAGAAGUCCAGCCAAAGAAGUCUACAUCAGUCAGAGAAGAAGGUUCUGAAUGCCUGGAUGAGGACUCACGGACACUCACAAUUAAUAAGCCUGGUUUAUUGCGAGAUGCGGCUCCAAGGACGGACUUUCCUUCAGUUGGUGAUCAAGCAAAGGCCCAAGAUGUGACCAAGCAGCCUCCCACUGAAAACACCCCAUCCAAGGAACACACUUCUCAAACUCCUAAAACAGAAGCCAAGGCUGGUGUUGCGAAACCGACAGAUGGGAGACCCUCUCAGCAGCUUUCCAAAUCUCCUGUCAAAUCUACACCAGCAGCAGCUGCUGCGAAACAGGAGUCUGGCAGGUUCUUUGGAUUCGGUGCGCCAAAAAUGCAACCACAGGCUGCUGAGACUGUCACCGGUAAAAUGUUUGGAUUUAGUUCAUCCAUUUUUAGCUCUGCAUCUACCUUGAUAACAUCUGCUGUCCAAGAUGAGCCCAAAACCACUCCUCCGGCCCCUGCUAAAGAAAACAAAGUUCCUGUUGCGCAAACACAACAACUGACCAAACCUGCCCCCUUGGGUCAGGUUAAAGACCCAAAGACUUCACUCCCAGCGGCAAAAGUCACAGAAGGCACCAACGUGGCUAUUCCCAAAGCGGAUUCAAAGUCCACCUGUCCACUCUGUAAGGUGGAACUCGAUAUGGCCUCCAAGGAACCACCCAAUUACAACACAUGCACUGGAUGCAAGAGUGUCGUCUGUAGUCUCUGUGGAUUUAAUCCCACACCUCAAACUGGAGGGAAGGAAUGGCUGUGUCUAAACUGCCACACACAAAAGGCUUUGGCCGGACAUCUAGAAGACUCAGGAAAUGUCCCUUUGCCUUCUCCAGUAUCAGCUCUGCCAGAAACAUCACACAUAAUCACAACCAAAAAAUUGGACUCAAAUUCUGCACCUGCAAAGGCUGAGCCGGCAGCUGAAGUUACAAAACAAGCAACAGAAACAACAAUACCAACAACAAAGACAUGCAUCAUAACAGAAAACCCAACUGCAACAUCUUUCACAAAAGUGGAAAUUGAACCAAAAACAGUGGAGGUGUCAACUGUCAAAGAAAAACAGCAAUUAUUUGAAUUCACAACAGAACCAAUUAAACCACUGGUGGCUCCUCAACGUAAAUUGUCCACAACAGAUGUAGGAGAGGAAAUAACAAAUUUAGAGAAGAAGGAACAGAGUGUGGAAGAAAUUCCCAAAGCCGUUGAGAAAACUGACCCCUCAGAAGCCACAUUUGAGUUGUCUACCGUUGGAAUUGCUCCUGAAGAAAAAACGAGGCAACCUCCAACAAAAAAGGUUGAAGUCAAGACAACAAAUCUUGAAGACCAGAUCAAACUGAGCAAGCCUGAACCAUCUGCUAAGAAGGCUGAAGUUCAGGUACAGUCACAUGAGCCACUUACUGGGAGUAAUCAAGUAGUUGAACAAAUAGCUGAUGCCAUUCUUCCCCCAGAGCCACAACCAGAAUCUACAAAGGAGCCAGAUACAAUGACAAAUGAAACAUAUUUCCUUGCUGGUGGAACAGUUGAAUUGGAGCACAUAGUUGUAUCCGAGACAGCUGCUAAAGCGAGAUUGGAGGUAGAAAAUGAUGCUCAACCUCAGAUUUUACCCUUUUCAGAUAAACCAAAAGAGGAUCAGGUGGUAUGCAGCAGAAUUAAAGAUAAUGUAGAAGAAGGACAAACACUGCAAAUAAAGGAGACGGUUGAAAGUGGAAAAAAGCGCCUUAGUUUCCAAGCAAUGGAAGAGAGCAGUGGGAGUGACUUCACGCUUUCACCGUCACCAGAGGUUCAGAGGAGGAGGCUCAAAGUGACUGAUGUGACAUCUAUCAGUGAGGACAUCAAAACUGAAAGUGCCGACUCGUCAAUAGAAGAUGAAGACUUUAUCCGCAGUCAGAUAAUGGGUAUGGGCGAUGAAGAGGAAAUGUCUCUAUCUGAGGAUGAGAAAGAAAAAACAUUGUCCAAUGAGGAAGUCGUUAAGAAGGCUGUGCUUGAUAAUUCCUCAAUGAAAUUGAAAUCACUCUCUCGUGAAGGAAGUACAGAUAAUGAAGGAACCCUCGCAUGGAGAAAGUCCCCUCUCAUGACUAGUGCUGGAGCUUCUGAAGCAUUUCCAAGUACGACUUUUAAGAAAGCUGUUCCAGUCAUCAAACAAAGACAAAGCACUGAUGAAGAGGUAGAGAGUAUCACCGAAUCCCUUUCAAAGGGUUCGUCCAGUCUUCAAGCAUCUAGCUUUACUCCAGGGUCAUCACCGACAUCUGCAUCGUCCCUGGAGGAGGACAGUGAUAGCAGUCCAAGUCACAAAAUAAUUAGUGGGGACAGACAGUAUCGCAAAGGUAAACACAGACAAGCAACCCAGCCACUACCCACAAUUGAAGACUCCUCUGAGGACGAGAAAUCUCGGAAAGAAAAGAAUGAACUAAGUGUACAAGAGCUCUUCUCUCCCAGUGAAAGUGCUUCCUCAGUAGAGGAUAUGAGACAAGUCACUGGAAAGGAUGACAUUAGUAAAACAUCUGGCUCUGAGUACUGGGCCAGUGUUGAAUCAGAACCAGAAGCAAGCCAAGCCAUACAGAGAGGGCGCAAACCUUCUCCAACAGUGAUACCGUUUACCCCAGUCGAAGAAAAGGAGCCUGUUUCAACUAUAUUAAAGAGUGCAGAAGAAGCAUAUGAGCAAAUUAUCCAGAAGGCCAAAGCAAUUCCAGGCGAUAGUCCUCCUGAUGUUGAGCCACUUUAUGGAGGAAUGUCAAUAGAGGACUAUCUCUAUGAAUCCUUGGUUGAGGAGCCAGAGAUUUUAAUGUGUGAUUAUGCAAACACUGAACCGAAAGAGGACUACAGUCCCGAACCUUUAAAGAAACUCAGGUCUCCGGAGGAGGUUUAUGAAGAGAUGAUGGAAAAGAAGAGGGAAUUGAUGAUGAUAGAGCAAGAGUUUCAACAGGCCCAGAAUGCCAUGGAAUCUAUACCAACUUCACAUGCUGAGACCUGUGUUGUAGUCAUACCCACAGAAGCGAUAUCCCACAUUGAAGAAAGUCAGCCUCCUAUUGGGUUUGACAAUUCUAGUGAGCUGCAAGUCAAAAAAGAAAACGACCAGCCCCACCACGCCCUUCAGAACCCCCAAAGAGGCCUGAGUGUUCAUCAGGCGAAGAAGAGGAUGACAGUCUUGCAGAAGAGUAUGGUGUCGUCAAGGCUCAGCAAUAACAACAACCCUGGCCCAGGCCAAACCAAAUGUGGUAAACAAAGUCCCUGUUCAACCAGCUGUGAUUCCUGUAUCUAUUCCAUCAACUACUAUAGUCAAAAAGAGAGUCCCACCGCCCCCUCCCCGAGAUCUACUUCAGUUUCAUUACCCGAGCUUGGCAAGGAGCAUCUACCUACAAGCGAGGCUCAGUAUGUCUCCACAACUAUGGCGACCACCAUCCCUACAGGAACCCCGGUUGUUGUCCAGGCAAUGCAGUCCGUAGUUGUUGAUAUACAGCCAAGAAUGGAGGAGAUGAAACCAGAUGAUGUUGCUGUACCUCAAGUUGUGACCCCAACAAGACAAGGGCAUGUGGUCAUCAUUGUGCCAAGUAUGGAAAACUUGUCUCGUCUUAGCCACACUCCACAAAGUAGCACUAUCUCUUCAACCGUGUCUCAGGAACCAAGUAUACAGCCCGUUAUUACCAGUAUCAGCCCAUCUAAGACAGCUGUGUCAGAUACGUCCAAUGCAGGUACAGCAAUCCCUUCCACUACAGUGGCAGUAGUGCCACUAGUUUCAAUUCCAUCAGUUAGACAUACACCACGUCCUUCCACUUUACCGAAGCCUACUAUAUAUCCAAAACCACCAAUUCCCACUGCAAUGGAGCAGUUUUCUGUAACAAUAACUGGCUCUAGUCCUUCGCCUAAGGCCCCUCCACCAAUACCACCUAAGCCUGUAAUUAUUCCAGCUGGACUGGUUUUCAGUCACAAACCAGGAGAAAGUGUCAAACCACCGUACGUUACACAAAAAGCUGCAACACUGCCUCGGACCAAAGAACCUCCAAAUGCCCUUUCGCUUACCCUGACGAGACCUGUGGAGAGUAAGUCAGGGGCAACAUCUCCCAAGUCACCUCUAUCUCCAAGACAUGGCAAAUGUUUGAAAACAUAUGUGGUGAUAACGCUUCCAUCUGAGCCUGGCUCACCAACAGAAGUAAUAACAGUCCAGGCACCAAUAAGACGAGGCUCCAUUCCAUCUACAAAAGGACCAGAAGUACGAACAACGCCUUUAGAGCAGAAAUCCCUCGGUGAAACAUUUUCAGCACAGGCCACAGUUCGGAGAGCUUCCGUCCCCAUUGUUAGGCAUCCACCCCCUAUACCCUUAGCAUCAACUUCUCCAAUAAAACAAGUGACAGUGUUUUCUGAAGAGCAGGCUGGUAGAGAUUCCGAUCAGGAAACAAUAAUUCAGGUUCAUAAUGUACCGGAUACAAUAAAGAAGCCAUACAUACCUGUCAUACUGAAGCAGCAACACACAGUCUAUCAGCCCUUGCCACCAUCUACACAUAUGCAACAACACACAACGAAGACCUCAGAAAUAAUGAGUGAAGUCACUGCAGGACCACAUCCUGAAACAUCAGUCACUCGACAUCCAAAAAUUGUCUCACAGGGUGUGGAACUUCCACAAGAGAUUUCAGCUGAAGAACAAGUCUCAGCCGAAAUUCAAACACUGCCAAGUCAACCCUUGACACAACAUGUUGUUAUUCCACUAGAGCCUGGGGUACCUUCUGAUUUACAAAUACCCCAAGAAUGUACAGUUAUUAUGUACUCAACUGAAAUAGAAAAACAACCAGAAAAGGCAGGUGGAACCAUCUUCACUGAUACAGUUCCAAGCUCAACUAUGGCAGUGAGUCAGCAGCAACCGACGGGACUUACACAAAUGGCUGACUCACAUUUGACAUUUACUAGUGAAUUCCAGUCAGUUCAACAAUCUAUGCAGCAAAUACCUGCACAGCAUCCAUACUCUGCAGGUGAAGUGAGGGCACUUGUAGCAGAGAGAGACUCACAAUAUGAUUAUGUUGUUACAAUACCAGAUGUACAAACAUCGACUCAUGUUUAUCACAACAUUGCCACAGCCCCCACACGCAUGACUCAGUUAACAAUGGAGACGAUAGCUCCAAAUGCUGAAGACAUUUUCUCACCUGUAAUAACGGAGGUGCAACAUCGAACACCACAAACAGAGGAGCCUUCUAUCACUUAUAUGCCUGAUGUCUAUGGAACUAUUCCAUCAACCACCAUGCCAUGUUUAACUCCUCCCCUUCAAGUUAUUUCAUUACAGCCGGAGCCUACACCGACUAUAACAAAGGGGGCUCCUGCCAGACAAGAACCAAUGUCAUCAUUGAUACAGCCUCAGGUAGUUGCUUCAUUGCCCUAUAAGGUUAUUCCAGCCGAACAACCUUCAAGGGAAAGGCGAACAUCUAUAUCAUCCAUAGGAAAUCAACCAUACAGCACAGGUGAAAUAUUUACCUUUCCUACGGAUUAUGAAAUGCCUGGCCAGGAUGUCAGGAAUGAAGACGUUGCUGCUGCUACAAGAAGGCAAUCUUUAACCAUACAACAACCAUUGGUAAUAAACAUGCCAGCUGAAAAAGACAUCCCUGUCAAUGUGUAUGAUACCUAUAGACAAAGUUCAUAUCCUUCAAUCGAACAACCACAGUUAAUAACAUAUUCAUCAGAAUAUGAUCCUCCCUUUGAAAUAAUAACUACUGAGGCAUACAGAAGGAGAACCUCAAUACCCGCUGUACAGGACAUACCAACUGGGGCAUCGGUUGCUCCAGUCACCAUCACCAAAAUUCAACAAGAGUCGAUUGAAAGCCAAGAGAUCCGGGGACGAGAGAAAGUUGUCUCGAGUAUGAGUCACAAGUACUCUUCAGUUUCUACUACAGGCCAGCCUGCUGAAAUAUUGCCAAGCUUAGUGACUCAGGUAGUCACCACUGAGGUCCAGAGGACUACCGUGUCUGUCGUCCAUGAAAGACUUCCACAGCAUACUCCACCCAUAAAACCUGAUGAAAGUGAAUACCAAGCUCAACCUAAACUAAAUGGUAGGAUAAUAUAUCCUGGGGAUGGGUUGGAUCUACGGACCAUGAAGGCUGGCAUGAAAAUGACUAACCAAGGCAUGGACCUGACUCCGACUGAGUUGUUUAGACAGUCAUCCAAUGACAAUGCUCGUCAAAUUACGGCAGUACAACCUGAAAUUGUAAAUCUUAGCGCUGAUGUUAUCGUGACUACACUGUCUGUGGUAACUGAUAGCAUCACAAUAGUCACAUGCACAGCCACCAUUGCUUCAUAUAGCAACCCUCCAGCAGAGAAACCUCUUGACUUGCAAGGGCCUGUUACAUCAUUGCCACUUCCUCUCACCACAUACAAAGCAUUUGAGCCACUGGCGCAGAUUGUCUACAAACCUGUAAGCACUCUGCCUGUAGCCACAGCUGUAGCAUCUACAGAGCAAGACAUACCAAUUAACCUUUCCUUUGGAUCAUUGGCCAGAGGAGGCACACCCAUGACUUCUGCACUCGACAUUAGGAGUGAGGCCUCUGUCCUGUCUUUGGAAGCAACAGGGGCCGUGGAUCUGUCCAAUUACAAGCCAGUGAGAGCGAUGGUAGCUUUAUCUGGAAAAAGUCCAGAAGUAAUAACCACUGUUGUCGAGGAUGAUGGGAUACCAGUUGAUCUUACUGCUGGUAGAAGGAGUGUAUGCUGUGAUGUAUUAUACAAAUUACCAUUCACCGGGAGCUGCAGAACACAACCCCCUGUCACAACUCAGCCUGACAACCAUUUAGACUUCAAAGAUGAUCAGCAUAAUAGUGCUGGACAGUAUGGUAUUAAAGGGAUCAAUGGUGAAAAGGCAUCAAUAUCGAAGGCCAGCCUCAGAGAAGUAGGACUCUUUCCCUAUGAUCCCAAUAAGGACUAUGACUACCUCAAUGGAUCUGGAGAUGGAGCUAUAGACCUCACUGCCACCAAACUCCCUGCUGGUAAAGCUCUUGACUACACGAGUAAAGCUCCCACAACAUUCCCUGGGAUGACUGCCUCUCCAUCUUCUCAGGAUGCUCUUGCUGGUUUUGGUGUAAAUAGUGCCCUAAAAACUUCAGAUGGAAUAGUUUACUCCUCUGUUGCUGCCCCAGUUCCAUCAACAUAUGCAAUUACCACACAACCUGGCUCCAUUUUUAGCACUACCUUAGUCCCUGCAUCAACAAUCAAGAAUCAAUCUGUGCCCCAACAAUAUGAUUUUGUACCUAACACAAACCAGGGGCAAGUCAUUCCUUAUGACACAGGUCUACCAAAAGAAAUUCUACCAACAGCAUUGUUUGACAUCAUAACAGGCUUUCCCGAAAUGUAUUCAGAUACCACCCUGGAAGCAUUAGCUGCUUCUCUGGAUGCAUUAGCUUUGUCUCCAAUAUUCCCUGGCUUAGACAGUACCAAAAUGGCACAAUAUCAGAUGGAGAGGGAGUUUCUAGAGCUGGAAAAGCUUAAACAGUUGUGUCUUGCAGAGGAGUUACAGUGGGAGAGACAAGAGAUUCAGCGUUAUCGUGAACAAGAACAGAUAAUGGUGCAACAAGAGCUGGAAGAGCUCCAAUCUCUAAAACAACAGCUUCUGCUGCAACAAGAGGAAGAACACCAUGCUCAUAUAAUAGCCCAACAGGAAACGUAUGCCCAGCAGAAAGAGCAGUUGCAGCAAAUUCAGCAACUUCAGCUUCAACUACAGCGGCAGUUAGAUGAACACUACGGUAACACAGGUUCUACGACAAACCUCCUUGAGGCUAAAUAUGCAGGAGUUGGAGACAGUGGACAGUACUGGCCUGUCAAAGAUGAAUCUAAAGGUCCAUUUGUUAGUACACAGUUACAAGAACGUCAGGAAGACCAGCGUAACAUAACAAAAAAGAUUCAACAUGGUCAGGACACAGGCAAAAAGAUAAUUGACAGUGGAGUGCAGACUGAUGAUGAAGACUCAACCGAAAAGCAGCACACCGGAAGAAGGAAGAAAAAUAAGAGAAACAUUGAUAGCUCGGCUCAAUCUGACGAUGAGGACCAAGAUGAAUGGGAUGCUCCCACAAAAGCUCGCAGACGGUCUCGCAAGCACAGCAGUGAAGGGAAACAUAGUUCUAAGGUCUCUAGCAUUGCAAUCCAGACAGUCGCUGAGAUAUCUGUUCAGACGGACCACUCUGGAACCAUCAAACGACCCAACGUCCAGAUGGACACAAAGGUGGAAAUAAUCAAACACAUCUCAGCUCCUGAAAAUUCUCAGCGAGGUGGUAGUCUGAGCUGUCAGACAGAUUCAGAUAGAAAACCCGCACCCAAUGAAAUGGGCUACGGGACUCACAUACCGACUGAUGCUUCGGCUAGAUCUAGAGGUUUCUAUACCUCAGUGUCCCCCUUAUCGCCUGAUAAAUCACUUGGUGGGCAGAGAAUGCUGACAGCGGACCCGACAAGGUUUUACUCAGGCCCUCGAUUGAAGCCCGGCCAGAAGUGUAUGUCUGAUCCUAAAUCUCUGAGCCCCACAACAGAAAACAGGAUGAGUGGAUACUACGCAGAGAGUUAUUCCGGGCGAGGCUGUCCCUCUGGAACAGGCAAGAAAGUCAAGCGUACGCUACCAGAUCCACCUCCUGAGGAUGACUCGUUAAUGGGACGGUCAGGCUACAGCACCAACUCUGCACGUCGUCGUCUUGCCCGCAGUACUACAAUGGCUCGAGCGAAGAUCCUGCAGGAUAUUGACAAAGAGCUUGAUCUGGUAGAGAGGGAAUCUUCAAAACUACGCAAGAAACAGGCUGAACUUGACGAGGAGGAAAAGGAAAUUGACGCCAAACUACGGUACCUGGAGAUGGGUAUCAAUCGCCGAAAGGAUGCCUUAUUGAAAGAGCGAGAGAAGAGAGAGAGGGCCUAUCUCCAGGGGGUGGCAGAAGAAAGAGAUUACAUGUCAGACAGCGAGGUUAGCAACAUUAGAGAUGACCGUAGUGAUCGCCUGGAGAGGCCGCGGACAGCGCCCCAAUCUGAGUUUGAUCAAUUCAUUCCCCCACAGACUGAAGCGGAUUCCCAGUACAAUACGCUAACAAGCCCCUACUCCCAUUACGGCCAGUAUGUUCCCCAGACUCAGACCACCAGCCAUUACAGUCAACAUAAUCUAUAUGAGCAGCAGUCUGUUUACCACCAACAGGUGUCACCUUACUCAACCUUAUCACUUUCGCGUGGUCAGGAUCAGCCUAGCAGCUACCAACACGCUCUGCUCUUGCAACAAGGAAAGCAGCGUCAAAACAACCUGUCGGAUUUAGAGCCUAAAAUCUCCAGUAACUAUGAGGUCAUACGUAACCAACCUUUAAUCAUAGUGCCGACCUCCUCAGAGAGUGGCUAUGGGGUGGCUCAUCUUGGAGGCAAGUAUGGCAGCUUGGACUUGAGGCUUGGGCUGGAGGAAAGAAGCAUGGCCUCUAGUCCCAUGUCAAGCAUAUCUGCAGAUUCCUUCUAUGCUGACAUUGACCACCAUAAUGUCAGAAACUAUGUGCUGAUUGAAGACAUUGGGGAACUCACCAAAGCCUCCACAGGGUUGGGUACCACUAGCUUGGGUUCAGGAUUUACAAUCCCUGAUAAAGAGUUGUCCAAGGCAGACAGACUACUUAGGGCAGCAGAAGUCCGACGCACAGAGGUAGCAGAUUUUUUAGGACCGUCACAACUUCAAGGUUAUGGUAAAGGAGAAGAUGACACUAUGGAGGAACCUUAUGAGUUAAAACUACUGAAGCAACAGAUCAAGCAGGAGUUCAGGCGAGGAACUGAGGGAUUAGAGCAUUUGGGCCUUCCCCAGUAUCUUCCCAGUGACAGCAACUUUCGCCACUUUCCAAAAAGUGAAAAGUAUAGCAUUGGAAGGCUCACUCUGGAAAAACAGGCUGCAAAACAGCUCCCGGCUGCUGUGCUUUACCAGAAACAGAUGAAGAACAAAAAGGCUUUGAUUGACCCAAAAGCCAUCACUAAAUUCUCCCCAAUUCAGGAGAGCAGGGAUUUGGAACCAGACUUUGGUAGCUACAUCGGAUCUGGAGCUUCUUCUGUGACCAAUCUGGCUGCUAGAGCAAGAUUGCUUCAGGAUGAGAUCACAUUUGGCCUCCGAAAGAACUUAUCAGAGCAACAGAAAUACUUGGGCUCCUCCCUGGGGGCUAAUCUUGCUGGUUCUCAUGGGCAGUCUCUUGGAAUUGGGUCCACUAUUAGGGCCACUGUCCAGGAUGACGGCACCUAUCCAAGCGGCAGCCGCUCCAGACCUUCAUCUCGUCCAUCUUCCCGGCCCUCCUCUGUCUAUGGCUUGGAUCUAUCGAUCAAACGGGAUCUUUCCAGCUCCUCACUCAGACUCAAAACAGAGGGGGAUGUGUUGGACGCAGCGUUUGCCCCCGGUGUGGCCAGAGCAAAGCCCACCAGUUUGCCUAUCAGCCAAAGUCGGGGCCGUAUCCCCAUAGUGGCUCAAAACUCCGAAGAGGAGAGCCCUCUGAGCCCUGUGGGGCAGCCUAUGGGCAUGGCCAGGGCUUCAGCGGGACCACUUCCUCCAAUCUCUGCCGACUCCAGGGACCAAUUUGGAUCUAGCCAUUCUCUGCCGGAGGUUCAGCAACAUAUGAAGGAAGAAUCUCGGACUCGUGGCUACGAUCGAGAUAUCGCAUUCAUCAUGGAUGACUUGCAAGGUGCCAUGUCGGACAGUGAAGGACUCAGUGAGUCCGUGCUGGUGUUGAACAGAGACGAAGCCAGAAUCUUUCAUGAAAGUAUGAAACACGCUGGAGGCCCAAACUGGAAUAUAGAAGCCUACCACUUACGAAGAGAGGACACUGACUGGUUCGAUAAACCAAGGGAAGGACAUCCUCAGAGUCAGCAUGUGGUGGUGGACCGCAGACAGAUGAAACUGCUCCCUUACGUCUUCCCUCACACUCGGGUGAAGCUCCUGAGAGACCAGAGGGACUCCAGUGUGUCAGGCAACGGUCUUGGGAUACGAGUGGUCGGUGGCAAACAGAUUCCGGGGAGCCGCGGAGAGAUCGGAGCCUACAUUGCCAGAGUUGUUCCCGGUGGACUGGCAGAGGGCAAAGUCAUUGAGGGCAUGCAGGUGCUGGAGUGGAACGGCAUCCCGAUGACAGGGAAGACCUACGAAGAAGUGCAAGGCGUCACGGCGCAGGCGUGUGCGGAGGCGGAGCUCUGUGUGCGGCUGGACCUGAACAUGCUGUCUGACCCCGAGCACCCACAAGUCCUGGAGCACCACGUCCAGCUCAAGGCCGUCGGUGGGCAGCGUUCUCCCGGCGUGGAUCCCAACCAGCUGGCGGCGGAGCUGCAGAAGGUGUCCCAGCAGCAGGCUCCGGGUGCGGGAGCCGGACCCGGAGGGUUGGGAGCUUUGUCGGCGUUGGAGCGCACCGCGCUCCUCCACUCGGGCCCCGGGUCGGCGGCUUCCAGUGGCGUGCCGAGCCCCGGCCAGCCCGCCUCCCCUGCUAUCAACAAGAAGCAACGACACAAGCCAACGGACACAAUGAAGAUUUCGCACCCCAUAACUGGAGAAAUUCAGUUGCAGAUCAACUAUGACCGAAACGUGGGGAACCUGAUAGUGCAUGUGCUGCAGGCCCGGAACUUGGCCCAGAGGGACAACGACGGCUACUCGGACCCCUUCGUCAAGGUCUACCUGCUGCCCGGGAGAGGACAAGUCAUGGUUGUCCAGAAUGCAAGCGUUGACAACAAGAGGAGGACCAAGUAUGCACAGAAGACCAUGAAUCCAGAAUGGAACCAGACGGUUAUCUACAAGAACAUCCAUCUGGAACAGCUGAAGAAAAAGACCCUGGAGGUGACCGUGUGGGAUUACGACAGAUCGUCAUCCAACGACUUUCUUGGAGAAGUGUUGAUUGACUUGUCAAACACGGCCCAGUUAGACAACACGCCUCGCUGGCUGCCAUUGAAGGAGCAGAGCGAGAGCAUUGAGCACAGCAGGGUCCACCAUGGAGCUCAAGGACCACCUGGGUCUGGAUCCACUCAGGGACACGGUCAAGGACACUCCCCGGGCCAGGGCCAUCUAUCAGGGCCCGGGAUGGGGCCGGGGCAAGGAGCAGAACAGGGAGAAGGGAGUUACGAUUCGCCUAAAAACUCUGUAAUCAAGAGCAGAAGCCAUGGAAUCUUCCCUGAUCCAUCCAAAGACUGCCAGACGUUGCCUCUGGAAAAAUCCCACAGCAGCCCAAGCAGCUCCAAGUCCUCCUCAGACGGCCAGCUACGCUCCCACGGGCCGUCUCGAAGCCAAAGCAAAAGCAGCGUCACCCAGGCCCACCUGGAGGACGCCGGGAUAGCCAUUGCCGCCGCCGAGGCUGCCGUGCAACAGUCCCGCCUGCAACCAACAAGAAACACACACACACACACACACACACACACACACACACAGACAUGGAACACACUCCCCACCCAACCCAGCCCUUCCCCUGGUCCAUUAUUCCCACUGCCUCAUAGCAAAAGGGGACAAUUGGCAGAGAAUGAAGCGGUCAAAGAGACAGCGCAUGAGUGGACCUGUGAAUCCACCAAUGAGAGCAAAGCGAGAAGAGCGGUGGCCAGGGAAGGACCAGGACACAGGCUGGGUGAUGUCUCAGGGUCCGUGGUCCUGUCAGCCCCCAGCCUGGUGGGGGACGCCUACGGAGGGCUAGACGCGAGUGAAGGAGGAGGGACCGGGGUGGACAGCGCCAUUUUUCAAGUGCCACGGAUUGGAACUACAAUUCCCAAUGGAACUGACCAAAACCACCUAGGGACUCCCGAGAAUGAAGGUAAAACCCAAGUGAUGGGAGAGAUCAAAGUGGCCCUCAAGAAGGAGGUGAAGACGGACGGCGACCAGUUGGUCCUGGAGAUCCUUCAGUGCCGAAACAUCACUUACAAGUUCAAAAGCCCGGACCACCUGCCAGACCUGUACGUGAAGUUGUACGUGGUCAACGUGGCCACUCAGAAGAGGAUCAUCAAGAAGAAAACCAGAGUGUGUCGUCAUGACAGGGAGCCUUCUUUCAACGAGACCUUCCGAUUCCCCCUCAACCCUACCGGGCACUCCCUACAGCUUUUCCUGGUGUCCAACGGAGGGAAAUUUGUAAAGAAGACCCUCAUCGGGGAAGCCUACAUCUGGCUGGACAAGGUGGACAUGAGGAAGCGGGUGGUGAGCUGGCACAAGCUGCUCGUCAGCUCCACGCCCACCAACCUCUGAAACGACUUCUGCCGCUUGCAGAUGUCCCAAAAAAACAACAAAAAAAUAGGACUAUUAUUUUAAAUUUACAGCCAUCCACCUUUCACACCCAAAGUGAAGCCCGCCUUCCGCCCGAAUGCAGCUGAGAUAGGCUCCAGUACCCCAAAAGGGACAAGCGGUAGGAAACGGAUGGAUGGAUGUGAAGGCGUCCCGCCCCCUGCUGAUGGGCGCCACCACUCGCCACCUUCACGCGGCGACUGUGCGAAACAGCCGUGACGAAAGAUCGGGCGUUUCUACACACCGAAUACAGCCGUGAUGCGUUCAAAUACACGACAACAGCAGCAAUCGCUUCCAACACAACAAGGCAGGAGAGAUAAACGACACAGCCCUGAAAGCAUGAACAAGAUCAAUCAUUCAUUUAUCAAUAAUAAGUUAAUAGUGUUCAUUUUUUUUACCCAUUUUAUCAUUAUUUAUUCUUUAUUUAAAGUGUUCUGUACUUUUUGCCGCAGUUGUUUGCUACACAAUCCCAAUUGUAGGAAGUGGCGACACCUAAACGCAGGAAGUGAAAAAACACGGAAAAGGGGGUAGGAUUAAAAUAAGGUCCGAUUUUUCUUCCUGUUCCUUUUCCGACAUGUCCCAGCUGGCACAGGACGUUGAAACAACGUUGAGGACUUGUUGGAUUCGGUCCUGACUUUGAAUGACUCAAACGUAACGUUGGAACAACGUGCUUUUCAAUGUUGGGUUCUGACGUUGAUUGGACCAUUGAAAUAUGGUCGUUUCCUAACCAAUAUUCUACAACACGAAUACAACGUUGAAACAACAUGCUUUCUGACGUUUAAUCAAUGUCAGGUUGUGACGUUAAUUUGACCAUUGAAAUUUGGUUAUUUUCCAACCAAUAUUCCACAACACAAACACAACGUUGAAACAACGUACUUUUAGACAACGUUUAAUCAAUGUUGAGUUUUGAAGUUGAUUUAAUUUGACCAUUAAAAUGUGGUCAUUUCCUAACCAGUAUUCCACUUCACAAAUACAACGUUGAAACAACAUGCUUUUUGACAACGUUAAUUAAAUGUUGGGUUCCGACGUUAAUUUGACCAUUAAAUUGUAGUCGUUUCCCAACCCAUAUUCUACAAAACAAAUACAAUGUUGAAACAAUAUACUAUUUGACGUUUGUUAAAUGUUGGGUUCUGACGUUGAUUCGACCAUUGAACUUUGGUCAUUUCCCAAACAAUAAUCUAGGAGACAAAUACAACGUUGAAACAACAUGCUUAUUGACACCGUUAAUUAAAUGUUGGGUUUCGACGUUAUUUUGAUCAUUGAAAUCCGGUAAUUUCCCAACCAAUAUUCUGCAACACAAAUACAACGUUGAAACAACAUGCUUUUUGACAACAUUUAAUCAAUGUUGGGUUCUAACCUUGUUUUUGGUCAUUUUCAACCAAUAAUCCACAACACAAAUACAACGUUGAAACAACAUGCUUUUUGACAACAUUUAAUCAAUGUUGGGUUCUAACCUUGUUUUUGGUCAUUUUCAACCAAUAAUCCACAACACAAAUACAACGUUGAAACAACAUGCUUUUUGACAACGUUUAAUCAAUAUCAGGUUGUGACGUUGAUUUCAAUAUUGAAAGUUGGUCAUUGUUCAACCAAUAUUCCACAACACAAAUACAAUGUUGAAACAACAUGCUUUUUGACAACAUUUAAUCAAUUUUUGGUUCUGAUGUGGAUUUGACCAUUGAAUUUUGGUCAUUUCCCAACCAAUAAUCUACCACACCAAUACAACAUUGAAACAACAUGCUUUUUGACAUCGUUAAUUAAAUGUUGGGUUCCGACGUUAAUUUGACCAUUGAAAUUUGGUCGUUUCCCAAUCAAUAUUCUACAACACAAAUAAAACGUUGAAACAACAUGCUUUUUGACAACAUUUAAACAAUGUUGGGUUCUAACCUUGAUUUGACCAUUGAAUUUUGGUUAUUUUCAACCAAUAAUCCACAACACAAAUACAACGUUGAAACAACAUGCUUUUUGACAACGUUGAAUCAAUGUCAGGUUGUGACGUUGAUUUAAAUAUUGAAAUUUGGUCAUUGUUCAACCAAUAUUCCACAACAAAAAUACAAUGUUGAAACAACAUGCUUUUUGACAACAUUUAAUCAAUGUUGGGUUCUGAUGUGGAUUUGACCAUUGAAUUUUGGUCAUUUUCCAACCAAUAUUCCACAACGCAAAUACAAUGUUGAAACAAUAUGCUUUUUGACAACAUUUAAUCAAUGUUGGGUUCUGAUGUGGAUUUGACCAUUGAAUUUUGGUUAUUUUCAACCAAUAAUCCACAACACAAAUACAACGUUGAAACAACAUGCUUUUUGACAACGUUGAAUCAAUGUCAGGUUGUGAAGUUGAUUUAAAUAUUGAAAUUUGGUCAUUGUUCAACCAAUAUUCCACAACAAAAAUACAAUGUUGAAACAACAUGCUUUUUGACAACAUUUGAUCAAUGUUGGGUUCUGAUGUGGAUUUGACCAUUGAAUUUUGGUCAGUUCCCAAACAAUAUUCCACAACACAAAUACAAUGUUGAAACAAUAUGCUUUUUGACAACAUUUAAUCAAUGUAGGCUUCUGAUGUGGAUUUGACCAUUGAAUUUUGGUCAGUUCCCAAACAAUAUUCCACAACACAAACACAAUGUUGAAACAAUAUGCUUUUUGACAACAUUUAAUCAAUGUAGGCUUCUGAUGUGGAUUCGACCAUUGAAUUUUGGUCAUUUUCCAACCAAUAUUCUGCAACACAAUUACAACAUUGGAAAAACAUGCUUUUUGAUGACAUUAAAUCAAUGUCAGGUCGAAACGUUGAUUUGACCAUUGAAUUGUGGUCGUUUUCCAACCAACAAAGUUGUCUCAAUGUACAAACACAAAUACAACGUUGAAACAAUGUGCUUUUUGACGUUUAUUAAAUGUUGGGUUCUGACGUUGAUUUGACCUAUGACAGUUGGUCAUUUCCCAAACAAUAUUCCAAAACACAAUUACAACGUUGAAAAAACAUGCUUUUUGACGACGUUUAAUCAAUGUUGAGUUUUGAUGUUGAUUUAAUUUGACCAUUGAAAUUUGGUCGUUUCCCAACCGAUAUUCUACAACACAAAUACAACGUUGAAACAAUGUACUAUUUGACGUUGGUUAAAUGUUGCGUUCUGACGUUGAUUUGACCAUUGAAAUUUGGUCAUUUCUCAACCAAUAUUCUACAAUACAAAUACAAUGUUGAAACAUGUUUUUUGACAACUUUUGAUCAACGUUGGGUUCUGAUGUGGAUUUGACGAUUGAAUUUUGGUCAUUUCCCAACCAAUAAUCUACAACACAAAUACAACGUUGAAACAACAAGCUUUUUGACAGUUUUAAUAAAAUGUUGGCUUUCGACGGUAAUUUGACCAUUGAAAUUUGGUAAUUUCCUAACCAAUAUUCUACAACACAAAUACAACGUUGAAACAACAUGAUUUUUGACAACAUUUAGUCAAUGUCUGAUUGUGACGUUUAUUGACCAUUGAAGUUUGGUCAUUUCCCAACCAAUAUUCUGCAGCACAAAUACACCGUUGAAACAACAUGCUUUUUGAGAACGUUUAAUCAACAUCAGGUUGUGACGUUGAUUUCAAUAUUGAAAGUUGGUCAUUGUUCAACCAAUAUUCCACAACACAAAUACAAUGUUGAAACAACAUGCUUUUUGACAACAUUUAAUCAAUGUUUGGUUCUGAUGUGGAUUUGACCAUUGAAUUUUGGUCAUUUCCCAA